AUGAUUUUUGUAACUUUAAUUUGUGUGGCGCUUAUCGCGUUAUACUUUUACGGAACCAAAACUUUUAAAUAUUGGGAAGAGCGGGGGGUCAAACAUGACAGGCCUAUUCCAAUCCUAGGGAAUAAUGCAAGAAAUUAUCUAAUGUUCAAAAGCAUGACCCAAGUAAUAACAGAGGUAUAUUGGAAGUAUCCAGAUGAGCCUGUCGUAGGUUUUUUUAGAUCGUUACGUCCGGAGCUUAUUGUAAGGGACCCCAAUAUUAUCAAAAGGAUCCUCAACACAGACUUUCAAUACUUUUAUCGGCGUGGAAUCAAUCAUAAAUCAGACAUGGAGCCUCUGAAUAGGAACCUGUUCUUUACGGGCGGUGACAUGUGGCGGCUGCUUCGGCAGCGCCUCACGCCUGCUUUCUCCAGCGCUAAGCUGCACGCCAUGUUCCCGCUCAUCGAGGAACGCGCCGAGCGGCUGCAAGCUCGCGUGCUGGCCCUCGCCGCCAAGGGGCAGACGCUAGACGCCCGCGACCUCAUGGCGCGCUACACCACUGACUUCAUUGGUGCUUGCGGUUUCGGUCUCGACGCAGAUUCUUUGCAAGACGAAAACUCCGAAUUUAGAAAACUCGGAAUGAAAAUAUUUAGUAUAGAUGCCAAAUUUAUCUUUAAGCUUUUUCUUAAGCAAACGUUUCCCGAGACAUUCAAAAAUCUUAAAAUAUUUGGUCAUAUUGAAAAGACUGUUAUCCAACUUAUGAAACAGGUUCUCAAACAGCGAAAUUAUCAACCGUCUUCUAGGAAUGAUUUCGUAGAUUUAUUAAUUGAAUGCAAAAAGAAGGGCACCAUCGUCGGGGAAUCUAUUGAGAGGAGAGAUUCAGAAGGCAAACCAGAAAUAGCAAAACUAGAAAUCGAUGACGAGAUUCUGGCGGCUCAAAUGUUUGUUUUCUUCGCUGCAGGAUUCGAAACGUCGUCCUCCGCCACAAGCACCACCUUGAACGAACUCGCUCACAAUCCGCACGUACAAGUGAAAGUGCAAGAAGAAAUUGAUCGAGUAUUGGCAAAACACAAUAAUAAAUUGUGUUAUGAAGCUGUCAAAGAGAUGACUUACUUAGAGUGGACAUUUAAAGAAGGAAUGAGAGUUUUACCAUCUCUGGGGUUCUUACUGCGAGAGUGUGUCCGUAAAUAUACUUUUGAAGAUUUGAACUUUUCGAUUGACGAGGGCGUUUUGGUGAUUAUUCCCGUGCAGGCCCUGCAGAACGACCCGAAGUACUUUCCUGACCCUGAAGAGUUCCGACCUGAACGCUUCGAUCCCGAGCUUGCUGACCCCAACAACAAAUUUGUCUACCUGCCUUUUGGAGAGGGGCCUCGAGCUUGUGUCGGCGAGCGGCUGGGGCUGAUGCAGUCGCUGGCGGGGCUGGCGGCCGUGCUGUCCAAGUUCGACGUGAGCCCGGCACCGGGCGCGCCGCGUCACCCCGUGAUCAACCCCGCCAGCGGCAUCGUGCAGAGUGUGGUCGGCGGCAUCCCACUCGUGUUCCGCGAGCGCUCCGCCAGACACUAGCGCUGCCCGCUGUCCGCUGCUACUCACACAUCUAACUUACAUUAUAUUAUAUAUAUGAUCUUCUUAAUGGGAUGCAUUAUAUAUCCAAAGCAUACUUAUAUAUAUAAUAUUACACAAUAGAAUUUAUCCAUAGUUAGGGACGUGUCGGAAAAACUGAAAAAUAAAUUGUGGAAUUGUGAAUCUUACAAAGUCCUGGAUGCCUAUCUCUUAAGAUAACAUACACUGUUCAAUUUAUAUCUAUAAAAUAAGCUCCGUCAUAAAAAAUCACAAAGAUACGAUAUGAAUCCUUAUCGAUUUAAAUACGUUUGUUGGCUAGAGCGUUUCAUGAAUAUUUUUUCCUUUUACACCAUGCAAAUUUAAUGAAAACCUUAGCAGGUGUAGCAAAAUCAAAAUUGGCAAUACUCACCGUUCGCGAUCUAUUUCAAUUUGAAUGCUUACUGUAAUUCCGGAAAUUGCAAAUGAAAUUUCAAGUUUUUCUCCUUUUUUUUUUGUCAAUCUGUAACAAGACUUUAAAGCCUAAGAUCUUAUCCUACUCAAAAAAUACUGUUUUUAAAACACAACGAUUAAUGUGAAAACAUACUGUUUACGCAAUAAUAACGCGAGAAAAACGCUUUUUACUCUGAAUGAUUCAUCAUUGUGUUAAUAACUUAAAUUUUAUUAUAAUUUUGUUUUGAGGUGAUUCAUUAUGAUUGUUUCAUCUGCAACUAUAGUUACAUUAAACUCUUUGCCAUCAAAAAAUAUUUUCUAGUUUUUAGUUCAAUUUGCAAUAAAAGCGGGUUUUUUUAGUUUUUUUAAACUAUAAUUAUUUUUCAUUUUUUAGGCUGUGAUAAACUCAUAUUGGGGAAUUUAUUAAUUACUUAGACUUUUUCAAAAUCAACCACCCAUAAUUAAUUCCUUCUUUAUCGACUGUAAGUCCAAAUCUAUGCAGAAAUUAAUUUUUCAAUUCAUAUUCGUUAUUUGUACUUUAACUAAGAC